GCGGUGUAGGGCAUUUCUGGGCAUGGUGCGACACCUACGGCAUUGACUAGGGCAACAAUGUUGAGCUCCGACAAUCGGUCAACUCCACGUUCGUCUGGUACCGCUAAUCAACAUUCACCAUUGUCUGCCUAUCGGAUGUCCCGACUUCCUUCCCAGUCUGGCGCGCUCGUAAACAGUGUUUGGAACUCCCGAGGAUGGACUAUUCAGGAGUUUCUCGCUUUCUCUUCUAGCAGGAAAAUUGGAGAACCACAAGGAGUCUGUCAGCGUCAUGCAGGAGUUAGAAGAUGCAACAGCGCCGACUUCCGUUCGAUAACGAGAGGUGUCUGA